UGCCCCUUCGAGGGCUGCACCAAGAGAUUUGUCCGCCAAGAACAUCUCAAAAGACACGAAAGAACGCAUACCCAAGAGGACUCCUACCCAUGUCAAUUCUGCCAGAGACCUUUCGGUCGACCUGAUAACCUCAAAUCCCACAUCAAACUCCAUACA